AUGUCAAGCUUAUCCCCCCCGCAGAGUAACCGGUUCUGCUACAACGACGGAUAUCAUACCUCUCAUCAUCUCAACCCGCGCCGACACUGGCGUGAACACCCCAACGCUUUCCUGCAACAGAAGGACCGCUAUUCGGCCGAGCAUGCCUUGGUCUUUCGCAAUAUCGAUUACAUCAUGAUCACCAUCCGGCUGCUGCGCAAGGACUAUCGGCACCUGGCCAAAUGCCUAGUUCCCAUGGGGGAUCAGGUGGGUAUGAGUCUUGAUGAACUCGCCGCAAUGCUUCGGACCAAGACCCGACGGUUCAGCGAAUCUGAGAUCAGAAAGAAGUUUCCGCCCAGUCAAUAG